ACUACUUGCAAAGCUUAAAAAUGGGGAAUAUGUUUGCAAAUUUAUUUAAAGGCCUAUUCGGCAAAAAAGAAAUGAGAAUAUUGAUGGUCGGUUUGGAUGCUGCUGGUAAAACUACAAUUCUAUACAAACUAAAAUUAGGAGAAAUUGUUACAACAAUUCCCACUAUUGGAUUCAAUGUGGAGACUGUAGAAUACAAAAACAUAAGCUUCACUGUGUGGGAUGUUGGUGGUCAAGACAAAAUUAGGCCACUGUGGAGGCAUUACUUCCAGAAUACACAGGUUAGACAACUAAUAAUCAUUUAAUUAUGCAUGUACAUU